CGACCAUAUCGUUAUGGCGUUACUGUAGCUUCCGAAUCACAAAAUACUGGCUGUAUUAGUGGUAGCCGACAAUGGACACGAGAACGCAUCACGGAUGAUUUAAUGAUUCGUUCUUUUAUUCGCGGUACUUUCCUACCUUUCCUCGAUCACAAGCGUCAAACUGUCGUCAUUAAACGCAAGCUCAACACCAUUAUUGUAGCCUUAUUUGUUGUUCCACGCGAUCAAAUUAGUCGAAUUUAUUUCUUAGUUGGUUAUGCUGAAAAAUUAAUGGGUGCUAUGUUUGGUUGUAAUGUACAGCUAGUGUUGCAAACGGGCCAUUACUAA